GCAAACACUCUUGCUGCUUAUUGAGAAACAUUCAUGAUCCCUGAUCUUGUCAUGGGUCACAGAUGCUGAUUUUCUCCCAGGCUCAUGUCCCUGUUCACAAUAUUAACUGAAUGGCUGCUUUCUUGGAUUCCUUCAGCCCCAGAUUGCCCUCUAUUGUCAUAUUCUUUGUGGCUUCAUUACAGCCAUCUUGUCAUAGGGAAUAUUCUCUUAAUUUUUAUAAUUUUUUGGAGGAAGCCACAAUGUGAGGAAGGUAAUUAUUGGGGAAUUAGCAUCUCAUGUGAGAUUCCCCACCCUGAAGAUUACAUAUGUUUGAAAUUCUAUUUUGAGGAUGCUAACCAAGUAUGCAGAGGACUUUUGCUGGUUCUUCAACUUGAAUUCCAUGCACAAAAGGGCUGGACUCAUCAGUGAGACAUAUUGAACAGAAAACAAAGAUACGCUUCUGUGUUUCUGUGUUUCUUGUCUUUACAUGAUAAAGCUGGAUAGUAUUAUGAGAUCCCUGACAAAUAUCUAUGUCUUUACUUGUGCCUUUACAUUCACACUAUGGAAUAAUAUCCAGCCAACUGUAGAAGAUGAAUUUAUUGCAAAUUAUUCAAGCAAUUUACUAACUAAAGUUCCAAAAAACACUCCAGUCCAUACUCAAGUAUUAGAUUUAUCACAUAAUAGGAUCUCUGGACUUAGUAUCUCAGAUUUUAUUCAUCUUUCUGACCUUCAAGUAUUAAAUCUUUCUCAUAAUCUAAUUACGAUGCUUGACUUUAGUGUCUUUAUUUUUAAUGAAAAUUUAGAAUACUUAGAUUUAUCUCAUAAUAAUAUUUCAAAAGUUUCCUGUCUAACUCUUGCGUAUCUUAGACAUUUAGAUCUUUCUUUCAAUAAGUUUACUGCCCUGCCCAUCUGUCAGGAAUUUGGGAACAUGUUUCACUUGAAGUACCUUGGAUUAAGUGCUACGAUGAUACGAAGGUCAGACUUCAGGUAUAUCAAACAUUUGCAGCUGCACACUGUCUUCCUGAACUUGGGAAACUUUUCACUGUAUGAACCUCAGAGUCUGACAAUCUUGACUACAAGGAACCUCCACAUUGCCUUUGCAGCAAACCAAAACUUCAUUUUUUCCCUCUUGUAUGAUGGAAUGAGCACUUCAGAAAACUUAAAAAUAGUUAACUUAAGAUAUACCUUGAGUUACAAAGAUUUCCCCUCUCCACCUUUAAUGCUUCUGAAGAAAAUCAAGACAACAGCUCUCACUCUUGAUGCUGUGGACUUACAAUGGGCUAUCAUCCUGCAAAUUUUUGUGUUUAUUUGGUAUUCACCUGUGGAACAUCUGACUGUGAGAAAUUUGACUUUUAGGGGACCACUGGAGGACCCAUCUGAAUAUGCAUUUCUACCCUUAUUAAGCUCUGUGGAACAAUUAAUCUCUUUGGAUGGCUCCAUGAAAUCAUUAACUUUGGAGCAUGUUCGUAAUAAGGUUUAUUAUUUCAACCAGGAGAUUCUAUACAGACAGUUUUCAGAGAUGAAUAUUGCCAAUUUGACAAUAGCUGAUGCAUAUAUGCCACACAUGCUUUGCCCCAAUAGAACAAGCUCAUUUCAGUAUAUAAAUUUUUCUCACAAUGCCCUGACAGAUGAGUUGUUCCAGAAUUGUGGCACUCUCAUGGAUCUGAAAUUACUUAUUUUGCAGAAGAAUAAAUUUGAGAGCCUUCGCAAAGUAAGCUUCAUGACCAGCCGUAUGAAAUCACUGAAAUACCUGGACAUGAGCUACAACCUGCUGCGCCACGAUGGAGCGGACGUGCAAUGCCAGUGGGCUGAGUCUCUGACAGAGCUGGACCUGUCCUCCAAUCAGUUGGCGGAUGUUGUGUUUGAGUGCUUGCCAAUCAACGUCAAAAAACUCAGCCUACAAAACAAUCAGAUCAGCAAUGUCCCCAGGGGGGUGGCGGAGCUGAAGUCCUUGGAAGAGCUGAACCUGGCAUCGAACAGGCUGGCCGACCUGCCGGGCUGCAGUGGCUUUACGUCCCUGCAGUUCCUGAACAUAGAGAUGAAUUCAAUCCUCACCCCAUCUGCUGACUUCUUCCAGAGCUGCCCAAGGGUGAGGGAGCUGCAGGCCGGGCACAACCCGUUCAAGUGUUCCUGUGAACUGCAAGCCUUUAUCCGCCUGGAGAGGCGGUCGGGGGGGAAGCUGUUUGGCUGGCCGGCGGCGUACGUGUGCGAGUACCCAGAAGGCUUGCGAGGAACGGAGCUCAAGGACUUCCACCUGAGCCUGCUGGCCUGCAACACGACGCUCCUGCUUGUGACAGCUCUGCUGCUGACGCUGCUGCUGGUGGCUGCGGUGGCCUUUCUGUGCAUCUACCUGGAUGUGCCGUGGUAUGUGCGGAUGACGUGGCAGUGGACGCAGACGAAGCGCAGAGCUUGGCACAACCCUCCCGGAGAUCAGGGGGCCGUUCUGCAAUUCCACGCGUUCAUUUCCUACAGCGAGCGCGAUUCGCUGUGGGUGAAGAACGAGCUGAUCCCGAACCUGGAGAAGGGGGAGGGCUGCGUCCAACUGUGCCAGCACGAGAGAAACUUUAUCCCCGGCAAGAGCAUUGUGGAGAACAUCAUUAACUGCAUUGAGAAGAGCUACAAGUCCAUCUUUGUGUUGUCUCCCAAAUUUGUGCAGAGUGAGUGGUGUCACUAUGAGCUGUACUUUGCCCAUCACAAGUUAUUCAGUGAGAAUUCCAACAGCUUAAUCCUCAUUUUACUGGAGCCAAUCCCUCCGUACCUUAUCCCUGCCAGGUAUCACAAGCUGAAAGCUCUCAUGGCAAAGCGCACCUACGUGGAGUGGCCGAAGGAGAGGAGCAAGCGUGCCCUAUUCUGGGCUAACCUCAGGGCAGCCAUUAACAUUAACCUGCCAAUAUCCAGUUAAGCAAAUGAGUAGGAGAGUGAUGCUUCACCUGCUAGUAGUAUAAGUAUGUGAAUAACUGACUUGGCUUUUUUGCAUUAAACUCUGUUAGUAUUUUUUUC